AUGGAUGGUAAUUGUGGUUAUUGGGAAAUAGCUGUGUUAUUGGGUAUGGGUGAAGAAUCAUGGUCAUUGGUGCGCAACCAUAUGCAUAAAGAACUGACAAGCUGGUCCGAAGAGUAUAUCAACCUGGUUGGUGGCAUAAAGAGAUUUGAGGAAUUAAAGCGUUCCCUACUUGUUGACAGAUUAUCUAUGGUUACCAUAGACAAAUGGAUGAAUAUUACGGAUAUGGGAUAUGUCAUUGCUUCACGAUACAACAUGAUCGUUGUUUCUCUUUCACGACAAAAAAGCAUGACAUUUUUUCCUCUUAGAAAUCAACCGCCACUAGAUUCUUCUGUGCAUCGUGUAAUAUGCAUUGGUCAUGUGUAUGGAAAUCAUUUUGUAUAG